CCAGCUGUUAAUUGUCCUGAUAUGGCGUCGGAGGGUUGAUACCCAAGUGCUGCUUAACUCCAAAAUAAGGUUACUCAGCUGGAAAAAACGGGAUAUGGAAUGGGAUCUUGUCUCACCUUGAGGUCUAUUCGUUCAAGUUCUCGUGUCGUUGUACUACUGGAUUGAGUCCAGAGAAAGAGAAAAAAAAUUCCCGGGCCCCCGUCACCACACGCCGAGUGCACCCCCCGCCCAGCAUGUUCAUUCUUACUACCGUCUCCGAUCUGAUCCAGAUCUCUCCCGAGGAUUUCUCCAAGUACAGCGCUGUGGCCCUCGAAGAUAACAUCAACGAGAAAUAUGCCAAUAAGGUGAUUCAAAAAAUCGGCCUCUGCAUCGGUUUCUAUGACCUGCUCGAGUCCUCCGACGGUCUUAUCGGUCAUGGAACCGGUCUAGUCAACGUGAAUGUAAAAUUCCGGCUUAUCGUCUUCCGUCCGUUCAAGGGAGAGAUCAUGCUCGGAAAGAUCUCCAGUGCCACUGAGCAUGGGAUUAAAAUCGGCGUAGAAUUUUUCAACGAUAUCCUGGUCCCCCCGGACCUGCUCCUCGACGGUGCCAGAUUCGACUACGCAGACCAAGUCUGGAUCUGGGAAAACGAGGACGGCUCGACCUUCUACUUCGACGUCGGAGAGGUCGUCCGUUUCCGCGUGGAGAUGGAGGAGUGGCAUGAUCAGAUUCCCAAUGCCCCCGAUCUCGGUGACGGCGCGGCAGUGAUCGAGCGGAAACCACCAUAUUCGAUUAUUGGUUCGAUGCAAAUGGCUGGCCUGGGUCCUAUUUCUUGGUGGUGAUAGGAGGGUCUCCCUAGGCAGAAUCUCUUUGUCCCUUUCUUUCUGUCUGCUUGCUUCUUUCUCAUAUUGUAGAUUACUCCCUGCGGUG